AGCCCCCCGCCCCGUCCCGUCCCACCACACCCUGAGGGGCCCUUUUUCACUCCAUCUGAUAAGAAAUCCCACCCCUGCAGCCCCCUCCCCUCACCUGACCAAUGGCCACAGCCUGGCUGGGCCCAGCUCCCUGUAUAUAAGGGGACCCGGGGGCUGAGCACCACCAAGGCCAGUCCUGAGCAGGCCCAACUGCAGAGCAGCCGCCCACCCUGCCGCCAUGUCUCUGACCAAGACUGAGAGGACCAUCAUUGUGUCCAUGUGGGCCAAGAUCUCCACGCAGGCCGACACCAUCGGCACCGAGACGCUGGAGAGGCUCUUCCUCAGCUACCCGCAGACCAAGACCUACUUCCCGCAUUUCGACCUGCACCCGGGGUCGGCGCAGCUGCGCGCGCACGGCUCCAAGGUGGUGGCCGCCGUGGGCGACGCGGUGAAGAGCAUCGACAUCGGCGCUGCCCUGUCCAAGCUGAGCGAGCUGCACGCCUACAUCCUGCGCGUGGACCCGGUCAACUUCAAGCUCCUGUCCCACUGCCUGCUGGUCACCCUGGCCGCGCGCUUCCCCGCCGACUUCACGGCCGAGGCCCACGCCGCCUGGGACAAGUUCCUGUCGGUCGUAUCCUCUGUCCUAACCGAGAAGUACCGCUGAGCGCCGCCUCAGCCACCGCCAGGACCGGCUGCGGCCCCUCCCC